GGAUAAGUGUUUCCUAUCAUUUUUUUAAACGAUGUAUUAAAAAUACAUUUUCAUAGAUCAGGAAUUUAACUUAAAUAUGAAAGGAAACACUCAUCUACACGCGCGAAAUAAUCGCUGAAAGUAUGUCGUGAUACCAGAGGUUACGCAGUUAUCAGUAGACUAUUUAAGUGAAGCAUAAACGUGUAUACUAGACAUACAAGAAAAACAAGCGAAAUAAGCAACAAGGCAGUGAAGUCUAUCUGAACCACAGUGAAAACAAUAUUAUAUCUAUAUAUAUGUAUAUACAUUAAUCCGAAACAGACGAAUACUAAUAUCUAAAUAUCAAAUAACUACGUGAUUAAUUUUUUAUGAACAACAGCAAAAUAUCAUCAUAGUAGCAUUUCAAAAACCCUGCGAUAUAUUGAUACAAAAUUGUUACACAAAAAAACUCAUUUCAUUAUUGAGCUAUUGAAAUUCAUCUAUACAGUAUUUGAGUAAAACCUGACAUAAAGAACUAAUCAGACCAGCAUCCUUCAAUAUUUAAAAUCAAGCUCCAUAUCAGAGUUUGAAUAAAAAAAAAAUUCUACACAUAUCCACACUUAUAAUCUCGAGUGAACCAGGAAGAAAGCGGUGUAAUUCUUAAUUCAAGUAUCAGUCAGUAAAUUAUUUUAACCCGACAAUCUACCUCUCUGAAAGCUAAUAAUGUAUUUCUCCUCAAUUAUGACUUGCUCUUAUACGAAGGCUAUUUUGUUUGCCUACUUCAUAUCUUUGAUAUACGCAAAACCAACUGCAGACCCAUGUAAAGUUCCAGGUGAUUUAAUGAUUCAGUAUAAACGACUCACUCACGCACCAAAUCAGACUCUGUUUUUCUCUCGUACCCCUAAAUUUCCAAUGGGAUCAAAGAAAAUCAAUUUAAUUGUUCCCAACAACGAAACUAAAGUUCUCAGCAAGAUUUCCACUUGUCCUUGGACUAUCGUUGAUGUAAAUGAUUCAACCGUUUAUCCUUCUCUUAGAUCUGAAGCUGUAUGUAGAUUCAAAAAGUGCAACGGAUCUUCUCCCACACAUCAGUGUGUUCAAGUUUUUACCAAAACACCAGUCCUAAAACGAACAAACCAGUGUGUAGAUGGACUAUACGUCUUUAAACCGACAGAAAUUGAUGUACCAACUGCCUGCGUAUGCGCUUCGGUCAUAUCUUUGACAGCUGAUUAUAAGAAUGAUAAUUCUAAGGAUAAUGAUGAUAGUGGUGAUUACGUGAACUAAGAAGUUUUUCAUUUAUAGUAAACUUCAUAUUUUUUUCAAUCUUAUUCGAAUUUUGUUUUAAAGUAGUGAAGGUGGGUUGACAGAAUCGGAUGAGUGACGGAGAAAAUGCAUUGCUGAGUAAAUUGCGUACCUUUCUUCACCUAAUUUAAAUCACACCGAACGUAUAUUUGCCUUCAUUCAUUCUGGAUUCAAUAAAAUAAAUAACAGUUAAGUACUCGAGUUUUAGGCUUAUGCCUACUGAAAAAAAAAAGGGG